AUGGUCCUUAUGGAGGCCCUGGAGGCCCUCCAGGCCCACCCGGAAGAUGGGAAGGACCUGGCCCUCAUGGCCCUCCUCCGCCGGGCCCCCGUGACGACCCUCGUGGCUGGGGUGGUCCUGACCCUCGUGGUCCUCCUCCUCCGCCCGGUCCUCCCGAUGGCCCUCGUGGCUGGGAAGGACGUGGUCCUUAUGAUCGUCCUCCCCCGCCAGGCCCCCGUGACGACCCUCGUGGCUGGGAAGGCCCUGGCCCCCGUGGCCCUCCUCCUCCAGGUCCGCCCGGAAGAUGGGAGGGCCCUGAUCCCCGUGGUCCUCCUCCACCUGGCCCUCGUGAAGGUCCUGGUGGCUGGGGUGGUCCUGACCCUCGGGGUCCUCCCCCACCCGGCCCUCGUGAAGGUCCUGGUGGCUGGGGUGGUCCUGAUCCUCGUGGUCCUCCUCCGCCCGGUCCUCGUGAAGGCCCUGGUGGCUGGGGAGGUCCCGGUCCCCACGGCGGGCAUUAUGGCAGACCGGUAA